AUUAAUUCAUAUUUUUGAGUUAUACUCAAGGGAUGGGUACAAUAAGUACAUUUAUUACUUUUGCCGCCAUUAUCGGCGUAACCGUUUCGUUCGAAAAUACAAAAAUUGUGAAUACAAAACAAGGAAAAGUUGAAGGAUAUUUAACAAAUAAUGGAUUCUAUUAUGAAUAUCUUGGUAUUAGAUAUGGCGUCCCAAAUAAGUUUCGAGCCCCCUCCCCACCACCGAAAUUCUCAGGUAUAUAUAAAGCGAAUAAUCCGAACGUCAUCUGUCCCCAAUUCCCAACUCAUGACCCCUUAGCCGCUCCCAGUGACACUGAGGACUGCCUCGUUUUGAACAUAUAUGCUCCAUCAUUUAUCAAUGCAACCUUCCCGGUCAUGGUGUUCAUCCACGGUGGAGACUUCGGAGUCGGUUCUGGCUCCGCCGCAUUUUACGGGGCAGAUUAUUUAGUUAGCCACAGUGUCAUCGUUGUCACCUUGAACUACAGGCUGAACGCAUACGGGUUCCUUAAUUUGGACCUACCAGAAGCCCCCGGAAACGCUGGCUUGAAGGACAUCAGAGCGGCUUUGAGAUGGAUCAAUGAGAAUAUUGCCAACUUUAAUGGAGAUCCUGAUAAUGUGACAGUUUUUGGUCAAGGUAGUGGAGGUUUAGCAGCUAUAUACCUUACCAUGACGGAUACCACAAAGGGUCUCUUCCAUAGAAUAAUAUCGGAGAGCGGCACGCCCUUCGCGCCUCAGUCGUUCGACGCACAACCAUUGGCGACCGCGAGACAAGUUGCAAAAUCACUGGGAGUAAAAACUAAAAAUCCGAAGGAACUCCUGAAAAUAUACACUGAAACCCCAAUCACAGAAGUCGAAGAAGCGAUUGGGAAACAAAUGAACGCUAAGUCGGUAUUCCUACCAACUGUUGAGAAGAUAUUCGACGAUGAGGAGGCAUUCCUGACAGAUUCACCGUACAAUAUCCUCACGACUGGCAAGAAGCACAAGUGUUUCAAUCCUGUGCCAAUAAUCAUUGGUAUAAACACGGUUGAAGGAUUGACAAGUACACUGGAUUACUACACAAUAACGAGCCAAAUGGAUAGGAUUAGGAACGAGGAUUAUUCAGCUCUAGACCAGAGAAGUUUAAUCGUGCCUUUUGAUGAAAGAGAAGAAUUCCGAAACACUAUCAAAGAUACCUUCUUCGCAAAUACAACAUCAGACGAAGCGUUAGUGGGGGGCAUUAUAAACUUGAACACUGAUUUCUCGUACGUCGGUCCGAUAUCAUUAUUCUCUGACCUAUACGCCAAUAGUUCUGGCAUGCCAGUAUACCAAUAUAUAUUCAGUUACGUCGGUAAUAGAAACCUGGGGAGACUGUUGACGAAUAGCAGUUUAGCUGCAACAGCUAACAGAGAUGAACUGUUUUACAUCUUCGAGUUGGAACGAAUGCCAUUACCAAUGGAUGAAAACGAUGCGAGGAUUGUCACAUUUAUGACCAUGAUGUGGACGAACUUCGCGAAGUUUGGUUCACCUACACCAGAUCCUAGCAAUGGUGAGUGGUUACCAUACCACCAUUUGGCCAUCAAUUUAGAACCUCAAUACGUGGCGCCGUUAACACCGGAGCGGGCGUACUUUUGGCGCCAUUUCUAUUACAAAUAUGGCGCCGAUAAAUAA